CAAGCAGUGAUCUCAACUUGUUGGAAUCUAUGUCCUUCGGAACCGUGUCGUUUGAGGAGCUCCUGGGCCACUUCAAUGAAGUCUACAAGAAGAACCAAAAUGACCUCAUGUCUCUCCAGGAUCAUAUCCGCUAUUCCGCUCUUUGGGUUACAUCUCCUCCAGGUCUAGCAAUGGAAUCAUCCAACAAGGCACUAAGGGCUCUUGUUGAUCCUCCUACUACCAAGGGUUGCAUUCAGUGUCACACCUACAACUGUAUUUUAUACGGUUGUCUUCUAUUGAACUGCACUGAACUGAAGUGUUGUUCUUCUCUGAUCUCUUUCUAUUGCAUUGUGGAGGAUUAUGUUGCUACAAGAUGGUAUAGGGCUCAUGAGUUAUGUGGAUCUUUCUUUUCCAAGUGUAAAACAACCUUGGUUUUGGAACUUUUUGGAGAAGAUUGCCUCAAACCAACCUCAACAGGGACUGCAAAACAAGAAACAUGGUUUGAGAAAACAGAUAUUGUGUACCAAGCCAUGUUCAUGCAAAAUACAUACAUGUGAAUAUGUAGAAGGGUUGAUUGUGUACUAGACUACUAGUGUAAGUACCAGAUGAAUGAAGUGAUUAUCAAUUUUCAUCAAGAGUGCAUGAAAUUGUCAUAUUGAAUGAACUACUAUGUUUUAUAUUUUUCAUGUAAAAAUACUUUUCAAUUAUGUAUGCGGUUCAAUUAAUAUCUACACGGUUGUACAUGAAUAUUGUUUAAUAUUAUU